AUGCUUCGCGUCAUCGCCUCCCUCACCGGGCGACGCGCGCUCGCCUCGUCGUCGCGCAUCCCCCGCGCGGGGUUCAGCUCCGAAGAUACCCCGUGGCGGACCGUCCGAUACGCCGCGUUCGAGCGCGUGGGCGAGGGCUUCCGCCCCGCGCGGCCCCUCGAAGAAGAACCCACCCGCGACCGGCCCGCCACCGAGGGCGACACCUCCCUCGCGUCGCGCGCCAGAGCCCGCGGCGACUGCGAGAAGGUGGUCGCCGUCGCCGACUGCGGCCACGGCGUGGGCCGCGCGCUGGUGUCCGCGUUACUCGAGUUCCCGGAGUGCCGCAUGGUCGUCGCGGGAGCCACGCCCUCCUCCGAGCUGACCACCAGUCUGCACAUGCAGCACUGGGCCGAGUGCGACGCCAUGCAGCUCGACGUGAGCCGCGUGAACCUCGCCGACGACGCCGAGGUCAAGGCGUGGAAAGACCGCGUCGAGUUCACGUUCGGCGUCCCGGACGUCCUCAUCACCAACUGCGGCGAGCUGCCCUCGUACUGGAAGCUCAACUACGAGGCGGCGGAGGCCUUCUGCCCAAACGACAACGAGGUGGUCGUCGGCGGGUGUAGACCGCUGGAAGACUCGACGCUUCACGCGGACGCCAACGCGUGGGAUGACGACACCGGGGACGCGCCGCCGCCGACGACGACAAUCGUAAGGCCCGCGCGCGUGUGGGAGACGAGGGCCAUCGACUGGUCGAGGAUGAUGAACGACGUCAAGGGAGUCUCCGCUCUCGUCCGUCACUUCACCCCGGCCAUGGUCGCCAGGGGGUCCGGCAUCGUCGUCAACGUCACGCACGUCCUGGACCCCCAGGGCGGCGCCGAGGUGGCGGCGUACCAAGCCUCGAGAGCGGCGAUAUCGGCGCUGACCCGCUGCCUGUCGUACGAAAUCGCGAGAGACCUGGAGGUGUCCGCGACGUCGCGCAUGAUCGCCGUCGAGCUCGAUCCCGGGACGCUUCGGGGACUGCGACACGAGGACCCCGAGGCGGACGUCGGGCCGUUGCACCGCGCGCACGGGGAUGAGGCGGCGCAGGACUGGGCGCACGCGGCGGUGCCGUUCGUGAUGAACCUGACGCGUGAGGUGAGCGGCGCGUCGCUCAUGGUUCCGGGGUUUGGAGGGGGCGCGGCGGGCGGGAUCGGUGGCCGAGCGCCGGGGCACGUCGUGCCGGAGGGAACGCCGCCGGCGCAGAGGUUGGACCUUGUGCGGGACUUUGAGUGA